AUGACAACUUCAUGGAGUGACCGGCUACAAAAUGCAGCAGAUCUUCCUGCAAACAUGGAUGGCCAUGCUCUGAAAAAGUACCGUCGGGAAGCAUAUCACCGGGUUUUUGUGAAUAGAAGUCUAGCCAUGGAAAAAAUAAAGUGCUUUGGAUUUGAUAUGGAUUAUACUUUAGCUGUGUAUAAAUCUCCAGAAUAUGAAUCCCUUGGAUUUGACUUGACCGUCGAACGGUUAGUUUCAAUUGGAUAUCCUCAAGAGCUGCUUAGUUUUGUCUAUGAUCCUACAUUCCCUACCAGAGGCCUGGUAUUUGAUUCUCUUUAUGGAAACCUGUUAAAAGUUGAUGCCUAUGGGAACAUCCUAGUGUGUGCACAUGGCUUUAACUUUAUGAGAGGGCCAGAAAUACGAGAACAGUAUCCUAAUAAAUUCAUUCAGAGAGAUGAUACUGACAGGUUUUACAUUUUAAACACACUGUUCAACUUACCAGAGACAUAUCUGUUGGCUUGUCUGAUUGAUUUCUUUACUAAUUGUGACAGAUAUUCAAGCUGUGAAACAGGAUUUAAAGAGGGAGACCUUUUCAUGUCCUUCAGAAGCAUGUUCCAGGAUGUGAGAGAUGCUGUGGACUGGGUUCAUUAUAAGGGCUCACUUAAGGAGAAGACAGUUGAGAAUCUAUACAAGUAUGUGGUGAAAGAUGGAAAGCUUCCACUGCUGUUGAGUCGCAUGAAUGAGGUGGGAAAGGUGUUUCUUGCCACAAACAGUGAUUAUAAAUAUACUGAUAAAAUUAUGACAUAUCUGUUUGAUUUUCCACAUGGACCAAAGCCAGGUAGCUCUCAUCGACCAUGGCAGUCUUAUUUCGAUCUCAUCCUUGUGGAUGCCCGCAAGCCUCUUUUUUUUGGAGAAGGCACAGUCUUGAGGCAGGUGGAUACAGUUACUGGCAAGUUGAAAAUUGGAACCUACACAGGUCCUUUGCAGCAUGGUAUUGUCUACUCUGGAGGCUCCUCUGACACAGUAUGUGAUCUCCUGGGAGCCAAAGGCAAAGACAUCUUAUAUAUAGGUGACCAUAUAUUUGGAGACAUUUUGAAGUCCAAAAAACGCCAAGGUUGGAGAACUUUUUUAGUGAUUCCAGAACUGGCACAGGAACUUCAUGUCUGGACAGACAAGAGCUGCCUUUUUGAAGAACUUCAGAGUCUAGACAUCUUUUUGGCUGAGCUAUACAAGCAUUUGGAUAGUAGCAGCAAUGAACGUCCCGAUAUCAGUUCCAUCCAGAGGCGUAUUAAGAAAGUGACUCAUGACAUGGAUAUGUGCUAUGGGAUGAUGGGAAGUUUGUUCCGAAGUGGUUCCCGACAAACGCUGUUUGCUAGUCAAGUGAUGCGAUAUGCAGAUCUCUAUGCAGCAUCUUUCAUCAACCUCUUGUAUUAUCCUUUCAGUUACCUCUUCAGAGCUGCCCACGUGCUGAUGCCACACGAGUCAACAGUGGAGCACACCCAUGUGGAUAUCAAUGAGACUGAAUCCCCAAUGGCUACCCGUAACCGCACUUCAGUGGACUUCAAAGAUUCCGACAAGCGACAUCAGCUCACCCGAUCUGUUAGUGAGAUUAAACCACCCAAUCUCUUCCCUCAAACACCCCAAGAGAUUACACAUUGCCAUGAUGAGGAUGAUGAUGAGGAGGAGGAAGAAGAGGAAGAAUAGAAAAUACUUUCAUUAAAUGUGGCUAUAGCAGGAAUUGGCAGGAAUGGAUUCCCCCCAAGUGGGGAAUAAUACACAAGCAAGCAAACAAAAACUAAUCAGGAGCCCUUUAUCUUUAGCAAGCUUAUUCCUUGCAGAUCUAUUCCAAAUAUACAAAGAAUGUGCUGGCUGAAUGAAGACCACAUAUAGACAGCCCAAAUGCAUCCCCUGCACACACAUAAAAAGGAAGGCUUGUUUAUGUAUUUUUUAAUUCUCUACUGGUUCAUUUCAUUAAAGUAGCCUCUCAGGCAGGAAGGUUUCCAUGACCUGCAGUAAUCACAGCAAUUAUAGUAGUUAUUUGAUCCUUUAUGGAAGGAGUCCUCUCUCUCUCUCUCUCUCUCUCUCUCUCUCUCCUCAAUCCUGUAUGUGUAAAAAUGGGAGUAUUUUCAGGGUUCAGUUCAUCUGGUCAAGCGCGGUCGUCUGCCUUUGCUCUACUGAUUUCCAGCUUCUAUUCAUCUUUAUACUUUAUGAUUGAUGAAAUACCAUCUGUUCUUGGAUGUCCGAUAGGUAGUUUUCUGUGGCUGAAAUUUGAAAGCUUUAUCAUUCUGAUGGAGGCAUGUGAUACCUGUGUUCUGGAACCUUCUAAAAUGGAUCCUUAUUCCAUGUGCUUGUGCUUUGCCCGGAUUAUUUCUACUGGGGAGAUCUAUGCCUUUUGUGCUCAAUUUUAUGGGAGAAGGAAAAUAAGAAGUGGUUUUGUAUGCGUGCAUGGCCUCAAAGAAAACAAAUGCUCAUGUAGUCCAGACAAAGAAAAUUACAACCUUAAAAAGGAAGUUUUAUUUGCACCUCUUUUCAUUACUUUAUUAUUGCUAAAACUGUAGCUCUGUGUCAGAGUGAGAUUCUUUUUUUCAGCUAGCAGCCACUCGGCUCACUCCUACAGAGUUGGAAUAUGUGGCAGCAAAUGGUUCCAGAGCCUUUACAAAAAAGAACGCCUUCAACAGGAUGUCCUUGUUGGGCCACUGUUUUUACCUCCAUUCCAAGAAUGAGACUCAAUGAAGGUCAGCUUCAUAAUAUUUGUAAAAGGCUCCGAGGGCCUGGCUUGUUGUCUUAUUAAUUACUUCAGGCUGUUAAAUUAAAGCACAUUUCCUGGUAGUUACUCUCUAGUGCAAGGCUGCCUGGGUUUCUUUUUCAUAUAAAUAAGCAAUUUCCUGGAGUGUAAACAUAUCUCUUACCAUUCUGUGCCAUUGGUGUAUAGAAGACAGAAAAGAGGCCCUAUUUUAAAAUAUUGGAAUUUUUAUUUUGAAUCAUUUAAUAGUAAUUAUAUUCCAUUAUUAAACACACUGAAUUGCAAAUCAGCAGGAUAAGCUGGUACUGCUCUGACAGAUCUGCAAAUAAAAAUUAUGAUAU